CGCAUAUGAAUGUGCACUGCGCAUGCGCCAACCGGUGGAAGACAUGGCCGAUAUUUCGGCUGCUUCUCAUUGUUGACUAUUUCUGACAGCAUGUCAAACACGCUGGAUCCAGAGGUUCAAAGCCUCAAAGAACGUGGAAACGCAUGCUUUAAGGAACAAAAGUAUGCAGAGGCUACAUUCCAUUACACGCAUGCGAUUAAACUAGAUCCUCAAAACUAUUCUUUAUACAGUAAUCGAUCGUAUGCCUUUCUAAAAAUGCAACAGUAUCAUUUUGCAAUGGAAGACGCUUUGAUGACAAUUCAAUUGAAGCCUGAUUGGAUCAAGGGUUAUUUUAGGAAGGCUGAAGUGGAAUCGCAAACGUUUCGCUUCAGCGAAGCACUCCAGUCGUAUAAUAUAGCAUUAUCUCUUAAACCAAACGAACCAAUAAUUUUGGAAGCAAUGAACAAGGUGUCCAGAUUAUUGAUAAAAGAUAAACAAGCCGAUCAACAGAUACCUUGGCUAGGAGCUGGUGUGGGUAUUAUACUUGGAGUAAUAGUUGUAAUUGCUGACUAUGUUUUUACAAAUAAACCUUCAUUAACACAUCCCCUAUUGAUGGCCUUAUUAACAAUGUCUAUAGCAAUGUUAGGAUUUGGUGUUGCAAAGGGAUUCCGCUAUUUUGUAAAAUGUCAAAGAAAAUCAUUGUUGGAACCACCAAUGGAUUUAUUUGGUGAUAAUAAAGAACAGUCGGAUGAAGUUAAUACCGAAGUGAAUGGUGAGAAAGAGAAACAUCCAAAGGGCACAGGGCUGAGGGCUGAGGGCUCGACAGAGCCUGGAAUAACGUUCACGGGACGGCUGCGGAUCAGCCAGCCAAUGGAACAAACGAAAACUCCCGCGUCCCGGCUACUCAGCACGAGUUGCAUAGAGAAUAAGGACGACUUGGAAGAGAAAUUUGAAAGAUGUUACACAGUGCUUCAAAACCUGACUGCGGGUCUGUCAGAAAAAGAAGCCCACGAUACGCUAAACAAUGCAGUGUGCAAAGACAAAACGCACGAAGAAGUCUCGUUGGGAUUGUUAGUGGUUAUUCUGACGGAUCCUCAAAGUGCUGCGAAAAGUUACAGAGACUUGACUUUAAUAACACGAGACGGUCUUGCAAUUGUUUUAGGUCAUCUUAAUCAAUUAGUACUUGAAAGAUAUCUGCGAUUGAACGAUGUGACUAGAAGCCAGUUACUAUGGCUCGUGAGGGAAAUGAUAAGAACCAGUGUAGCUAGUGUGGAUAAUCUUUGUUUAAGUUUGUUGAGGCACGCGGCUGGUGGUGAUAUUUCCCCAAGAAAUUUGCACUUGGUCGACGCUCUUUUAGAUAUAUUUCAAGAAAACCGACCGUGGCUAGACAAGUUUCCUUUUUUAGUAGCAUCCAUAGUGUACACCUAUUUGCGAUUAAUAGAAGACCAUAAUGCACCUCAUCUAUCUGGUUUACGUCAGAAAGAAGUUACUUUUACAGUAUCUUUGAUCAGGGAACGUAUGGUGGAUUGUUUAGUUAUUGGAAGAGAUUUAGUGCGUUUAUUGCAAAAUGUAGCAAGGAUUCCAGAAUUUGAAGCACUAUGGAAGGAUAUGCUUCUCAAUCCAAAAACUCUGUGUCCAAAUUUCAGCGGAGUUCUACAACUUUUACAAACUCGAACUUCUAGGAGGUUUCUGCAAUCUAGGCUUACACCGGACAUGGAAAGGAAACUAGUAUUCUUGACAAGUCAAGUGCGUUUUGGUAACCAUAAACGUUACCAGGAUUGGUUUCAAAGACAGUACCUGGCCACACCUGAGUCACAAUCAUUAAGAUGUGAUCUUAUACGAUUUAUUGUUGGUGUCAUUCAUCCAACAAAUGAGUUAUUGUGUUCAGAUAUUAUACCGCGAUGGGCAGUAAUAGGAUGGUUAUUUACCACUUGUACAUCAACUGUGGCUGCAAGCAAUGCUAAAUUGGCUUUAUUUUAUGAUUGGUUAUUUUUUGAACCAGAGAAAGAUAACAUUAUGAACAUUGAACCUGCGAUUCUUGUUAUGCACAAUUCUAUGAGGUCUCAUCCACCUGUCACUGCCACAUUAUUAGACUUUUUAUGCAGGAUAAUACCAAACUUCUAUCCACCGUUAACAGAGAAAGUGAGAAACGGAAUUUUCUCGUCGUUAAGACAAAUUUUGGAGAAACGUGUUCUACCGAGUCUCUAUCCUCUAUUUGAUAGUCCGAAAUUAGAUCGCGAACUGAGAAGCAAAAUAAGAGAAACAUUUAAAGAAUUUUGUUUACCACCUAAUGCAGAUCCUGGUAAAAUGGAGGAACUUAGUAAGGAUCUUACACCAGGAGCGCCGUUGGAAAUUACAUCUAGUACAACUGCCGAAAAUAAUCACGUGAGUCAAGAUCCAGAACCAGCGUUCAGUGAUGAAGAGGAAGAAAUGCCGUUGAGGAUAGUGACUAAAGUUGAAGAGGAAGAUGAAGAAGACGUUCCGUUGGCGAAUGUGAAAUUAAAGAAUGAACAAAAAAACGCAAAUUGUGUGGUGAAAAAAGUAGACAUUACUUCUCAAUUAAACAUAAUUUUAGAACCAGAAGAAUUAAGGACGGCUGUGGAAAGCUUGCACAGUGAAACGGACAAUGAAGUGAGGUGUCAAACAAUGGAAAGGAUAGUGCAAAUGGUGGUGGAAGAUGAAAUCGACGCAGAAAAUAUACCAGCAUUGGCUUCUUGCAUAUCAACUAUAUUAUCGUCACAAAUUACGUCCCAAAUAUUUCCAACGGAUCAUUUAAAUGAAGAAACUUUGACUGAUAGUAUAAGUACACCGUUGUUUGUUAUGUUUCGAAAUCAAUUUCAGUUGUGUAAAGAAGAGGACAAUAGGCGGAAACUUUUAGCUCGGGUACUUGCAGAAUUGCAAACUGUUCAAUCAAGGAUAGGGUACCUGUUACUUUACUUUUUAAAAGUCUGGGGCAGAGAAGAGGAAAAACGAGAAGGUGAACCAAGUAACGUAUUAAAUGAUGUUAAAGCAUCUGUAUAUAAAGACUUUUGCACUCAUCGGGAAAAGAAGUUAGACGCGUGUUUAGUGUCAGAUUUAAAGCUCUGCCAUGAAGACAACAUAUUCAUGCUGUGUUAUCUUGUGCCUGAUGUAUACAUGGAGUUUCAAAAUGUGGCGCUAGGGAAUGUUCAACUCUUGCAUUUGGUUGUGUCGACAGUCGACGCUUGCCAACUGCAAGAUUUAGUUUGUCAAAUAAUGCAGGGACACUUGAAGAUGUUAAAAAAGGAAUCGUUUACGUCUCUAUUAACAGCCAGCUUAAAUUGGGAAACGUUCGAACAAUAUUGUUUCUGGCAAUUAAUUUCUGCCCAUGAUUUCCCGAUUGAUUAUGUGCUGCCUGUUUUACCCAAACUGCAAUUUCGUGAUCAUGCGGAAGCGCUGACCUCGAUAUUGUUUAUGCUUAAACAAGAAAAGCCAACAUUAGAACUUCUCCGACAAUUGCUUGCACGACAAAAUGUGGAUGGCGACAUGUUCGUUGUAGCAGCUUUGCGCUAUUGGUGUCGCGAUUACGAAGAGAAACUUGGCGAGUUACUUGCAAAUCUGUUGAGUACGCGGUAUCCGGCUACCAGUCCGAAUAAACGGAAACGAUCAGGUGGAAAGCACAAUCAACAACCUGGUCCACCGUCUGGUGAACAAGUUCUUGGCCAUCUGGAUCAAUUGCGACAACAUUGCACGUCUUCAUCAGAACUACAGCUCUACCAUUCCGAAGGGAUGCAGAGAGCUCUGCAACAAGCGCAAGCGGCCAGCAGCGAUUCUUUAAGGAAAAGUUACGGAGACUUGUUUGCUCUAGCGGAAGUAAAUGAAGAAAACGAACCUCCUCCACCCCCGCCAACGAGUUCAGCAAGAAAACACGCGGCAGCUUCGACCGGAGGUGGCGGAGGCGCUGGUAAAGGAGGUCACAGAAAAACUGGUGCUAAUACGAGAGAGAGGUCUACCUCGAAAAGGCCACUUCCUCGGUACCAUAUCGGCAGUACAUCCAGCAGCGAGGAGGAGGAGAUCGUAAAUUUAAAGCAAGCGAAAAAGAGAAAAAAGAUAAAUGCAGUGGGCUCCGACAGCGACUGACCACCCAGUGUCUUCAAAUGUCACAUGGACCACGUCACGUGUGUGCAGCAAGCUAAACUAGCCUUAAGAAUAGUAAGAUAAUAUAGUAUAUAUUAUACAUAAUAGAUAUAUUUAGCGCGACUUGUAAAUAUAGUGUACGUCCGAGAGUGAAUGCGAGACCAUACCGAUAAAUAAGGACCCUGUUACGUAUUUCGUAAACACGAUGUAUAGGCAACGUUGCCAGGCUCUAUUUCCAUUUAAUUUCGUUAUUUGUGCCGAACGCGUUCUAACACGAAACGUAGUUAGAACGCAUGUGAUAUUUGACGAGAGGGAAAUUUAUAAAUACUGGUUAUAGCUUUUCUAGGUAAACGUAUAUGUGACAGAUGGGGGACUUGUUCGCAGGACAGAUCGGUGUAUUCUAGGCAUUCCGAUUCGUAUCGAACUUGUAAAGAGAAAGAAAGGGAUUUUAUCGGUGUGUCUGUCAGAUGAAGUUACCGAGAGGCAAGACUAGUCACGAAUUAAAUUAUUUUGAUAUACUCUUAAAUGUAUAAACACAUGAAUUUAAGAGAGGAACGCUGAAUCUGGCAACGUUGUAAACAAGGGGUUUUUUUGGGGGGGGGACGGGAGUAAAGCGACACAAAACUUGUCUCCGUGAUCGUUUUAUCUCUAGCAAGGGAGAUAUUCGUCGCCCAUCUUACGAGCCUGACGACGGACGAAAAAUGUAACAAACAGGCACGACUGUGCUUAGUUUUUAUUAGUAAUAUGUUUAUUAAUUUUCCGACUGGUAUGGUAUUAAUUGAACCUAUUGUCCAAAUUCAUUACUUUUUGUUUCUGUUCGUUAUACGGUAAAUAUCGGACUCCGCGUCUCACACAAUUAACUAUGAUUAACGUCAGAGGAAAUGACAAAAAAAAAAGAUGGUUACUUUUGUUGCCAUAAAAUCUGUGAACGCAAUUUGUACGAAUCGUUGAUAGCUUUUUAUUAGGAUUAAGGACCUUCUCGCGGGAGGACAAGGAUGUAUAAAAAGGACGCCCUCACUCCGGCAAGAAGCGUACAGUUUUACGACCAAAUGUAUUUUACGUCUGCGCUUAUAGUAAGCAUAAUCAUUCUGAGGACGCAAGAAUUUUUAUAUUUUGCACGAUGGAAGGUUGUCGAGUUUUUCAUUUUUUCGAAGAAUUUUUUUCUUUUUUCUGUCUGAACUUUAGCGAACCUUUUUUACGCUGCUACAAACGUUUUACGUGCAUGGUCGAAUCGCUUGAUGUACGCGUGAGGAAAGAGUAACGACUAAUGACGCUAACGAACUCGUUCCUUUUUUUUUUUUAAACAACCUUUACGAUGUAUUUACAUUCACGCGAAACAUACUUGGUUAUAUGUAUGUUGCCAUUAACCGCAAACGCGCAAUUCUAAUCGUUCAAAGCGAUUCACAAAUUUCGACGAAAGUCUCGCACAUUGAGUUCAGCAUUGUCUAACGUGUAUCUAUCUAUUUUUAGGAUACAUUAAUUUUUUCUUUUUUGUCUAUCUGUACAAAGACACCUUCCAACGAGUAUAGAACCAGGCGUCAUGUACACUUAAGUCCUAAAAAGGACGUAAUGCGUGAAGAAUUCACCGUUCACCUCUGUACAUUUCCUGUAAAAUUGGUUACUUUACAACGUAAGUAGCUGCGUUAUGUAUUUUAUAGUUUGUACAUACCAGAGAGAACGGCAAGACCGCGCGCACGAUUCUAUGACGAUGAUGGCAGAAACGUCUGAUUUAAGGAAAUUUACUCGAUUUGCAUUUUCCAGGUUUUAUCGAACUCUUACACGUGGAUCAGAUAUUUUCUUCUAACCAUUGUAGGAUACACAUUUCCGAAACGUUUUCAACCAAAAUGAUGCAGGACUUGUUAAACAUUUAAAAAAUUAGGGAUCUACUGUCAGGUAGUUUUGAAAGUAAGACGAACUACGCUUUUUUCUUUUCCCCAUGACAGAUUCUCGUAUUUUUCUUAUUUUUAAAAGUCACUGUUAAGUAAAUGUUCAGCUAAACAUUUUUUUUUCAAGAAGUAGAUGAAUACUUCCACAAGUUAAACGUUUCUUGGAAAUUGUAAACUGCCCGCGGUCACGCCGUGAAAAAGUAGGAAAAGUCUUCGCGUGUACGAAGUUCCAUUUAAAUCUGGAAAUAUCGCCCGAGGCGUUUCAUUCGUUGCGCGAACCGCUUGUGCGCGCAACGACCAUGAUCCGCCGAAGAAAAGAAGCAAAUUGAGUUUAUUUUUCUCCACAAAGCGAGUAUGUAUUAUCCGCACGAUCCAGCUGAUUUUAUUGAACGGAUAUAAAUACGGAAAUCUAAUUGCGCCGACAAACAAAACGCAAACAUGGUGUAAAGUUGGGCGUGUCAAAUCGGUAAGAGUGUCUUUUAGAUACGCGAUUACGUGUAUGUGUAAAAGCCAUUUACGAUGGUGUAUAAGGUGUGAUAGUCGAUAUUGUUGUUAGGUCUUUUCUACUUGUACAUAAACUGCGGUGUUAUGUGAAAUAUAUUUAAAAAUGUGUUGCGGAGGAGAUUGUGUGAACGCGUGUGUGUUUGUGUGCGUGUUGUAUGUGUGUGCGCGCGCGCGUGACGAUAAUAAGAGGAAUAAUAAGAAGAGGAAAGAAUGAAACGAAGUAAGCGAGAACGUGUAUGGGAGAAAGAGAGAAAGGGAAGACAAAACAUAAACACGGAUGAAUAGGUGCGAAACGAUGCGUUGGGCAAUACAAAAAUAGACCUGUAAACAUUUAAUGUUUUUAACGAUCUUGUACACACGAAUACACAUGUAAAUACAUGAAUAUAUAAUGGUAACGCGAGCAUAAACAUUUAAUGUUUUUAACGAUCUUGUACACACAGAUACACGUAAAUGUAAAUACAUCGAAAAUUUACCGGAAGUAAAGACGAUUAAUUCCUGUU